UAGAUUACUCAUGUUGAUUUUGUUCACAUCAGGUCGAGAUCUUUGUGGGGAUGUGAAGCCCUCCAGUGGCGGGUUAGUGUACAGGUGUACAUCCACAUCUUCUCUGGAUGAUAUCUGUCGGACAAACAUAUACUCCAACCUUACAUGCUCCCUCAUAGAGCCUAACUCCAACCCAGCUCCACAACAACUUAAGACAAAUUCCUGCAGCAGCCAGUUUUUUGCCACAAGAAUUAAUAUUACCAGUGCUUUUGUUACCAUUGAUCUCCUAAAAAGAAUGUUGCUGACACUUGGAGCAGCCAGCAAAUGUAAAACAAUGUCAUCUUCAAUGUGCCAAGAUUCUGAGAUUUCAAAGAGCUACCAGGGCGCUCAUCUGGAAUGCCAUGGGAAUAAACAGAGGUUGUACAGCUGCAUGGUGAUACUGGUGAUGUCUGGCCCUGUCAAUAGCUGCUCCCUGAAUAAACUUAUGCAACAACUCAUUGAUAGCAACAUUGGCAUAACAAAUGAAAAGCCACUUACACGCAUGGUGGCCUGUGGUGGUCCUGGUUUGCCUGUCAGUGCUCUGUUGGCGUCCAACCUGACCUGGGUUGCCAGUGACCUGCUGACCUCUGAUGUCUGUCAGUCUGACCCCACUCUGCUUAAAUGUGAGGCAAAUGAGACGCUUGCUGUACUUCUGUCUGACAGCUGCCCUCCCACAACCAAGCAAAGCACAACACAGGCUCCCACUCUGACCAGCAGCAACAUUACUACAGCUACUGAAACCUCACCAAUAACAGAGCACAAUGUAACCAGAGAUGCACCUCCAGAUCACACAACAGAGUACAAUGUAACCAGAGUUACACCUCCAGAUAACACAACAGAGUACAAUGUAACCAGGUUACACCUCCAGAUAACACAACAGAGCACAAUGUAA